CUUGGUGAGCCCUACGAUGCGAACACGGCCAAUAUAGUUUGAUACUAAGGCAUCUACGUUUAAAACUGCAAUCUCUUCCUACUAGACCAAAGAUACACGCCUUUCAUCCCAGUCUUGGUGGAUUACUUAGUCGCCAAUAUCUCAACUGCUUCGGCCACUUUCUCUCAAAAUGGACGAAAGAUGGUGGUGUGGCUGACACAUCCGCCACUAGUGGCUGAAGCUUUCGGGUGGAUGCAAUUGAACCUCUGCCAAAGCAGCAGCCUUGACCCAAAGCUUCAACUUCAACUUUUCCGCCCUCCCAUCAACAUCUCCACGACACGCUCCAACGACCUUGACGACCAUCUUCUUGUGCUACUCAAUCCAACAUUAGAGACUCGUCCAUUCCUAAUCCCACUCAUCGAAUACCAAUUCAAACAACAUCUCCGUGCAACCCGGGCAUUUCUGCCCUCUCACCCAAGUCACAAUGGCCACGACAACAGCACACGCCAGCGACGUCGCCGCCAUCUUAAACCACACCGCACAGCCCUACAACUUCCGCUUCUCGCCGUUCCUCCGGCAGACGUACCAAGUCGGCCUCCCGCCCGACCGCCCCAUAUGCAAGGCCUUCCAGUCGGGAAGCUGCCCCAACGGCACGCGCUGCUCGGAGCGGCACGUCUCGGACGGGCGCUCCAGGGACCAGCAGCAGCCGUCGGGCGGGCUCAACUCGCUCGUGUGCAAGCACUGGCUGCGCGGCCUGUGCAAGAAGGGCGAGCACUGCGAGUUCUUGCACGAGUAUAACCUGCGCAAGAUGCCCGAAUGCAACUUCUUCAUGCGCAAUGGGUAUUGUUCGAAUGGCGAGGAGUGUUUGUAUUUGCAUGUCGAUCCGCUGAGCAAGUUGCCGCCGUGUCCGCAUUAUGAUAUGGGGUUCUGUCCGCUGGGACCGCUUUGUUCGAAGAAGCAUGUGCGGAGGAAGCUUUGUGUGUAUUACUUGGCGGGUUUUUGUCCUGAUGGGCUGGAGUGCAAGACGGGGGCGCAUCCGAAGUGGUCCAAGGAUCUGGAGAAGCCGGUUGCUAAGAGCGCGGAAAAGACAGAGGAGGAAAUCAAGCUGGAAGUGCAGCAGUUUAGGGACGAUGAUGGAGAUCGCUUUAGAGAUGGGCGGGGGGAUCGAGACGGUCGUGAGGGUAGAGAAGAUCGGGGCCAUGGGCGGCACUAGAGAUGUCGCGCCGUGGUGAUGAAAUGAAGAGGGGAGAAGAUCAAACGAAGCCAGGGCUCAUGGCUGUUACGAUACAUUUACAACUUUUUGAUACCCUGUUGGGAUGGAGGCUAUGGCGGGGGAAGGAACACAAAUCCAAACAAUUGGGCGUUAUACGCAUAUUUAUAUAUACUUUGCAUACACAUGUUGUAUGGAGGAGACAGCAUUAUCAAUGA